GCCGGUUUUUUGGCGAUUGUCGCGUCGUUCCGGGUAUUUUCGGAGAAAACUGAGGUAAAAUCAUUAAAAUCAUUACUACAAACGCUUCAAUUAGUUCGUUAAAGACUCUAGCAAUGUUUUGAUAUAAAAAUAACCCCGAAAUUCGGGAUAUUACGAGUGCUGGGGGAUAAUUUCCCUUGUUAACACUUGGGCCGAAUGGCGGACGGUGUUUUCACUCUCCGAACCAUUUUCAGAGGAAAAUAAAACUGCAUCUCGUAAUAAAUGACUAAUAGUUGAACAAUUCAUGAUAAAUGACAAUGAACAAAGGUUCUAGUGUUGUUGGAUUAUUAUUCUGACAAUAGCUGAACUAAUAGUUGAACAAUUCAUGAUAAAGGACAAUGAACAAAGGCUUUUGUGUUGGAUUAUUAUUUUGGCAAAAUUGGUGGUAAAAUCCCACAUGAGAUGGCGUUUGUCAUGCCGUUCUUGCAAAUUGACGAGUGCUUUGAUGGUUUUGGACAUAAAUUGCUGAUUGAACUGGAUUUUGGAAUUGACUAAAUACUAAUUAAUUAAUUAAGUGUUAAUAAAAGUGUGGGGAGGGAAAGUGUCAGCGGUUUUUAGUGAGUGAAAAGUGUUAAAGUGAGUGUUACAAUUUCUUUGUUGUCGGUUCGUUGCACAAUGCACAAGAUGGCAGCUUGUGUUUCUGGUGAGACUUGAGUUCAAACGACAAAAGUGACUAGUGAAUAGUGUUUUAUCCGGUUCCUGAGAAAACAUCUCCGGGGAGUCAGGUGCUGCUUUUGGAGGUGAAUCCUUAUCACCCAACACCGGUGGGAGUGAAGAGGAAGGGAGUGACGAGUUUUAGAGAUGGCUAUGCCCCAGGCUGGAGGUAUGGAUCCCUGGACUAUUCAACCCAGGGAGAAAGUUCACUACAAGGAGCAGUUUGAGUCACUUAAACCAGUGAAUGGAGUUGUCACUGGUGAACAGGCUAAAGGAUUUUUAUUGCGCUCUCAGCUGCCACCACCGAUUUUGGGGCAGAUCUGGGCGCUCUCGGAUACUGAUGCCGAUGGAAAAAUGGAUGUCAAUGAGUUCAGCAUUGCCUGCAAGCUGAUCCAUUUGAAAUUGAGAGGUCUCGAGGUGCCACAGACACUGCCUCCCACUCUCGUUCAGAGUCUACAAUCACCAAUAGCAGCUCCUCAGACGGUAUCAAAUGGAGGAUUUCAGAAUGUCAGCUCUCUAGUGAAUCUUGGUGGAGCACCAGCUCAGCCAGUGAUGACAGCACCUGGAAGGCCAGUUGUUCCGCCAAUGCAGGCGCCACUUGGCUCGCGACAAUUUAGUGGUGCUAGUGGUACACUUCCAACAAAUAAUCCAGCUAAACCACCCGCUAGACCUGCACCACCCUUCAUGGGUAACGUAAGUACAGCAGUAUCACCAGUUCCUGGGCCGCCCCAGAGACCCGCCCCACCAGUCAAUAUCGGUGCUGGUUUCAACGCAACGACUGGUAUUCUACCACCACCGAAGCCCGCUCCACCGUCAUUUCCAAAUAGUCCAGUUGCUUCAGCUGCUCCAGUGGUGCAGCCCCAGGUUGUUUCGGGCAUUCAGCAGAUGCCAAUGGGAGUUCCUGUCGUUCCAGUCGUUCCAGUCGUUCCAAUGCCUGGAGGUGCUCCUAUAGCACCUCUCAAUACAACUCCAGCGCCAAUUCAGGCCUUUGGUAUGGGCCAGAUGAUUCCCAGUGUAUCUGGAGUGCCUCUGGUCCCUGGGAUGAUGCCAUCGGUUCCCUCGAAUGGAAUUUCAGCGAUUCAUCAGCCAUCAGUGGUACCAGCAGCGAUGGCAGGGGUAAUGGGCACUCCAGUUUCUACGAAUACUCCAUUGAGCACUACUGCAAGACCUCCUAGUAUUGACAGAGUGGGUUCCAUUGACUCGCAGCACAGCCAACAGAGUCAGCACAGUCAGCACAGUCAGCAGUCAGUGACUUCUCCACCCACUGUCGAGUGGUCAGUGCCCCAUCAGACAAAGCUCAAGUAUACCCAGAUAUUCAACACCUGCGACAGAACGAGGACUGGAUUUUUAUCAGGGCCACAAGCAAGAAAUAUCAUGGUACAGACACAAUUGCCACAGAAUAUUCUUGCUAAAAUUUGGGGACUAUCUGAUAUGGAUUCAGAUGGUCGACUUGGGUGUGAGGAAUUUGUCCUGGCAAUGCAUCUGUGUGAUGUUGCAAAAGCUGGUGAGACUAUUCCCGACAAAUUGACACAAGAUCUUGUUCCACCCACGUUUCGUCGUCAGCGCCAGAGUAGUAUCACCUCUGGUGGUGUACCUGAGGUCGUUGAUCCAUCAGCUGGUAUGCCACAGUCCUCAUUCGAGGACAAACGCAAGGAGAAUUAUGAGAAAGGCAAGGCUGAGCUUGAUCGCAGGCGAAAAUCACUUCUGGAGCAGCAGCGCAAGGAGCAGGAGGAGAGAGAGCGCAAGGAGCGAGAGGAGGCUGAUAAAUUGGAGAAAAUACGACUGGAGCAGGAGCGUCGACGACAGGCGGAGAUUGAGAAGCAGAUGUUGCGUCAGCGUGAGAUCGAGCAGGAGAAGGAGGAGCAGAGAAAGAGGGCGCAGGAUCAGAGGGAGGCUGCGAGAAAGGAGAUGGAGAGACAGAGACAACUCGAGUGGGAGACGCAGAAGUCUCAGGAGCUUCAGGGACAGCGUCAGAAGGAGCAGGACAUUCUGCUGAAGCUCAAAGCCAAGAAUCAAACACUCACUAUCGAGCUGGGAACACUCAAUGACAAAGUUAAGGAGCUCUCUCAGAAAAUUUGCGAUACUAGAGUUGGUGUUUCUGGUGUUAAGACAACAAUUGAUGGUAUGAGAGCUACCAGGGACUCGCAGCAGCAGGAGAUGACAGCUUUGAAGAAUAAAUUGCGAGAGCAGAACCAGAGAUUAUUGACUCUCAGUCAGGAGAAGGCGAGAAUUGAGGCGAAGAAUAAAAUGAAUGCAGCCCAGGAUUCAGCUGGACAGGAGGCAAUGAGAAUGGCAUUUGCUAAUAAACAGAUAACUCUCAAGCAGAUGAAGGACAAGAUCGAGGAUUUGGAGAAACAGAUUACUGAGAAGAAUCAGGAUAUCGAGAAUAAUAAUGGGCAGCUUGAGGAAAUGAGGGAGAAGAUGAAAACACUGGCGAGUGAUUGCAAGGGGCUGUACAAGAGUUUUGAUGUUAAGAGGGGUCAGAUAUUGGAGCUGAGGGGAGCUGUUACAUCUGGGGGUGUGGAUUAUGCCAGUGCAGCGUGGGCUGAGAGCACUUGGAACGAUCCAGUGACAGCUGCCAAUGAUUCAUGGCCAGUUGACACUAAUGAGGCUGAUAUUGAGCCGGGAAUAGUCAAGUAUAGAGCUCUCUAUGAAUUUGUAGCGAGAAAUGACGAGGAGAUAUCGUUUCAGCCGGGUGAUAUUAUUCUGGUGCCACCUGUGCAGAAUAAAGAGCCUGGGUGGAUGGCUGGUGAGAUCAGGGGACACACUGGAUGGUUUCCAGAGUCUUAUGUUGAGCCUGUUGAUGGUAAUGAGGGGAGCAAAUUUGUCCAGCAGGACUCGGUGGAGAGGAAGCCUCUUGAGGAGAUCGCUGAGGUCCCUGAGAAUGUCUCGGAGGCUGGAUCACUUGGAGAGACUCAGGUCCCUGGUGAUGUCGGUGGAAGGGAGGGAAAGUAUUAUGUCGCUUUGUAUCAGUAUUCUUCCACGGAGCCUGAUGAUCUCAGCUUCAAUGAGGGGGAAAUAAUCGAGGUGACGAAGGACGAGGGCGAGUGGUGGUCGGGCAUCAUUGGGAACAGGAGUGGAUAUUUUCCCUCAAAUUACGUUGAGAAAUGUGAACCAAAUAUCAAUCAGGUUGCACAAGUUACGGCAGCUCCUGUUCAGGCAACUACUCCAGCACCUGUUCAAGUCUCUCCAACGACAGAAAAAACAGCUGAGCAGAUCGAGGAUGAGCGACAGGCUGCUGAGGACAGGGCUGAGCUUCCUGAUUUCACUGCUAUGGCUUCGCAACAGUAUUACAAGGGUCGAGGGAGAAAACCAGAGAUUGUCCAGGUCCUGGCACCUUAUCAGGCAACCAGUGCUGAACAGCUGGACCUUCAGAGAGGACAGCUCAUCAUGAUCAGGAAAAAGACUGAUUCUGGAUGGUGGGAGGGGGAAUUGCAGGCGAGGGGUAAAAAACGACAGAUUGGGUGGUUCCCAGCGUCUUACGUUAAACCAUUGACUAGCAGCAGCAAUAGGUCAACACCUGUGUCCCAUGGUUAUCAGGACUCUCCCACAGAUCCAAAUGUUGAACGAGUGAUGGCACUGUAUCCUCAUCAAGCUCAGAAUGACGAUGAGUUGAGUUUUGAUAAGGGCGAGGUGAUAACAGUCCUGGCGAAGCAGGAGGAGGCCUGGUGGAAGGGUGAACUCAACGGCAUCAUUGGAAUAUUUCCAAGCAACUACGUGACACCUAUGUCUGAUUGCGACUACGUCAUCUCCUCGGUGGAUCCAGUGGAGUUGAAGCGGCAGGAUUACAUCAGGGAGCUGAUAGCCACGGAGGAGGCGUACAUAAACGACAUGAGACUAGUCCACGAGGUGUUCGAGAAGCCACUGAUACAGAGCAUGGUCCUAACCGUUGACGAGGUCGAGAGAAUAUUUGUCAACUGGCGAGACAUAAUAGCCUGCAACGACAACUUCCUGAGAACAUUGAGAAUCAGACGAGACAACAGUGAGGAUGGUACCGUGAGAAUGAUCGGUGAUAUCCUCUGUGAGAAUAUCCCAAGGAUGUCUGCGUACGUGAGAUUCUGCAGCUGUCAAAUAUCAGCAGCUGUUUAUCUUCAGAGGCUGACGGAGACGUGCCCUGAAUUCGUGGCAAUCGCUCAGGUGUGUCAGCAGGAUCCGAGGACCAAGGGGAUGCCUUUGAGUUCAUUUCUCAUAAAACCCAUGCAGAGGAUCACCAAGUAUCCCCUGAUUAUCAGUAAAAUUCUCGAGUACACACCGUUCGAGCAUCCUGACAGGCAGUACCUCACGGAGGCACUCGCCAAGGCAGAGGAAUUCUGCACUCAGGUCAAUGAAGGUGUCAGGGAGAAGGAGAACAGCGAUCGACUCGAGUGGCUUCAGACUCACAUCACUUGCUGUGACAGUGUACUCGAGGAGAAACUCAUUUUUAACUCAUUGACAAACUCUGCGGGUCCCAGGAAACUUCUGCAUUAUGGAAUUCUUCAUAAGGCGAAAAGUGGUAAAGAACUUGUGGCAUUUCUCACCAAUGAUUUUCUUCUAUUUGCUCAACCUCUGAAGGCACUACCAACUGGUCAGCAGUUUUCUUUCGAGAGGAAUGAAAAGAACAAGUUCAAGCUCUACAGGAAGACAAUUUUCCUGAAUGAACUGACAAUGAUCGGAGAGACUGAGCCCAAUGGCAAUUCUAAUAUCAUUCACACAGACGCGAACGAUAAUACAUCGAGAAUUCUAGGUCUACGUGACUCCACUAAAAAACCGAUACUUCUACUGGCACCUUCCACUAAUGAGUGCCACUUGUGGGUGAAAAAGAUCAACGAAGCGCGUAAGCAAUUCGCGAGGAACGAGAAAAAUCUUCUCCAGCGUCAACGCUCAAGACAAGCGCAAUUUGGUGCUUGUGGCAGGAUCCUGGCGACAGUGCUGCAGGGAAGCAGCAUAAAAACCCCUGCUGGAAAAUCGAAUGCAUUCUGCAAAGUCUCGAUGGGCUCUCAGGAGGAGAGGACUCCUGUGGUUUCGGGGACAGAUUGUCCGAUGUGGGACACUUCCAUGCAGUUUCAGAUCAAGGACCUCAACGAGGAUACGUUGUGCAUAACAGUAUUCGAUAAAAGCUACUACACACCAGACGAUUUCCUUGGACGAGCGGAAGUUCGAAUUGUCGAUAUAAUGCGCGACUGCAAAGACUCGUGCGGUCCAAUUCAAAAGCGAAUAAAACUACGAGAGGUCGAUAAUGGCGAAGUUGUCCUGAAGCUUGAUCUCCAAUUAUUUGGAAGUUGACAGGGUUCGCCGAAGAAGGGAAUCCUUGAGAUCCUCUUGAGGGGCAGUGCAUUUAUAUCCAAAAAAUAAUUGGAAUUCACGAUCAGUAUAAUACGUUUAUUUAUUACUCAAUUAAUCAUCAGUGCAGUAGUACAAAAGGAAAACGAGGAAAAUCAAUAAGCUAUCAUUAAUCAAUAAGAAAUUCAAUUAAUAAUUGAUCACAAGAUGACUUGACAUUUUUUUUUUUUUUUCAUUUAAUUAAUGUUGAAAGGGAGUGAUGAUUGAAUUUUCCUCGAUUUCCGAUAGAUCAAUCACUGAUUAAUUACGAAAUAAUCCACCCACAAGACUUGAUACAACGAACAAAGAUAAAAUUACAUUCAAUUAAUAUAUCGAGUCGUGAUACGUACAUGCAGUUGUGGCAUGUGUGUACCAAGACGAUUAGUUAAUAACGAAAAACACAUUUUAUAUUUAAAAAUUCGUACAUAUGCGAACAGUAUCGGAGUAAUUUAUCACGAUGAAAAUUACUCGAUUAAAGAUUCGGUACUACCGCAUACGUACAAAGUACAUUCCACGUUUGAAUAAAUAUACAAUUUAUUAUUUAUAUAAAAACAAAUCAGCGAUAAAUGGGAGAUGAGAGAGCGGAGAUCAUAGAGUUGUCUGAGGAGUCAGGAGACAUCGCAGACAUCUAGAUAAUGACAAUGAACAAAUUAUUAUACCACUUACUAACUUAAUGAGUGAGAAGAGAAGAGUUUGAGGAAUAAUG